AUUGAAGGCGAGCCAAUUUGGCAUGCGUUAAAACCUAGACGGAAUAAAUGAGUCCAAAGUAACAAGCGAUGACUGAGCUUCGUGGUGCCGGAACUAAUGUCCACACGGAGAAUACAAGACGCGGUAAUAAAACAUUUAUUGCAGUAAUUCAUUAUGCCGCCGCAACUUCCUGCUUUUAUUUUAUUUUUUUUUAUUCUGCAGCCGUGCAGCAAAAUGACCUUGCGGGGUUCUCCAUCGACGCCUCUGGAUCUGGCGGGGCGACCUGUUCCGAUGGACAGAUGCUGGAGCGUUCCGUUAGCCUCGGCGCUUUCUGCCUUCUUGUUGGUCAUGAACAGCUCCUGCUACGGCUUUCUUUACGUGCUCUUCAUGAAAAAAUACGGGAUCAGCCACGCGGAAGCAGCCUGGCCUUCAAGUGCUCUGGUCAUCGCUGGAAGCUCUGUGCGCAUCGUCGUUAGCCAGUUGCAAGAUAAGGUGUCUGUCUAUCACAUCACACUAGUGGGAGGCCUCCUUGCUUCACUAGGCCUCGUGGCUUCCGCCUUCACUCCGGACAUUGUUUGGAUGUCUGUCACGUUCGGUGUGCUCCAUGGAGCUGGAAUUGGCACAGCACUACUGGGUUUCAGCUUGUACAUCCUUCUGUACUUCGAGAAAUACAGCGGUACUGCAUUCGCAAUAAUGUGGAUUGCAAGAGCUACUUCCGGAAUGGCCGGCACACCACUACUAUGGCACCUGGCGAACAUGCUUCUUCCGAGACAAGAACGGAUCGUACGAUUUCCUUUACGUCAUGCUCGCCGUGCUGUGCUUCGUACAGGCAGUGCUGCUAGGGUUGCUCACGUGGCGGGAAGCGAUGCAAAGAAGAGAGCCACGAGGGCAGCGAUUCUGCGAAGUGGUCAUGUCAGAGUUGCAGCACAUAAAGGAGCCGUGUGUGGUUUGAUGACUGGGAUACUAUUGCACUACUUGCGGCAAAUGUGUCUGCUUUUAUUUCGAAAGCACUGCAGGCACUUGGUAACUGGAACAAGUAGAUGAGAGCAGAACAGGUCACUUGUGAAUAGCGGCAACAAGCAAAAAGUUUUCUUUUUGUGCUAAAAGCGUCAUGGCAAUAAAUGAGGUCGAUUCAUGAGGA